AUGAAUACACUCCUAGACUUUAUACCACAAAUCAGAAUUAUAUUUGGUAAUGGUGAUGUGCCACAGCGUCCAUCGAUAAAUCAUGAAAAAAUUUUGGAAGAUCAACGAAAAGCUUAUCAGGAGUCAAUGGAACGUUUGGAGUCGAUGCGCCGUGAUGCUGCAUAUGCUUAUGAACAAGCUGAAAUUGCCGCACGCGAAGAGCGUAAACUGAUUCGAAGAGAGAACAAUGAGACCAUUGAGUGA